CGUUAUUCAAAGCACAGUUGGAAUGGGGCUGAUGGUAAUUAAAUAACUAUAUAUAUAUAUAUAUACAUUAUAUACAAGGUACGAGUCAUGUGGGAACACCCGUGAACGUUUUCCUGAAAAUUUUCCACAGCAGGAAAUAUCUUUUAGGCGGACAAACUGUUUGUUUAGAAUCUCUCUGGUCAGUAUCUCAUCGCCCACCGUGGUGUUGAUUCUAUGGUGUGCGCAGGUCUACCACUCAAUUUUUUUUUAAAUUCCCAAGAUUUUGUCAAAAUAUUUCCCAAGAUCAAGGAUAUAUGUAAAAGAGUUUUUUUUAAAGAAUUUCUGGAAUUUUUUUAAAAAGUGAGUUUUUGUCUUGAAUGGGUUAGUGAAUUCCCAAGAUCUUGGGAAAAUUCCCAAGGUAUGGCAGCCUUUGGUGUGUGGCGAGCGAACUAACUUAUUCGUUUAAGACAGGGAUCCUCAAAACUUUUAAUUAGUUGUUGUUUUUUUUUUUGGGGGGGGGUUGGGGGUGGGGGGAGGUGGGCGGUUUACUGUUUCGUAGAAACCGUUAGUUGGGGGUGGGGGGAGGUGGGCGGUUUACUGUUUCUAAGAAACCGUUUGGGGGUGGGGGAUGGGAUUGGACAAUAGAUUUAAAAUGAACGAAUUGUCAUGCACUCUGCACCCAUCCUAUCAACUUAUUGGUAGUGGGUAGAAAAAUAUAUCAAAUAAUGUUUAUUUUCAAAAUGAACAAGAAAAAAAUACGAUAUUUUAAAUAAUUUAAAAAAAAAUUUGAUCAAAAUAAAUUUAUUAGUUUUUCAAUGAGACGUAUGGAACAGAAUUCGGGUUAAAAAUACGGGCAAAGUCCGGUUUCAUAUCUGUCACUGCUACCCGGGUACACGUAAAGUGGCAAGGCAGGCGGGCCGGAUCUGAUCCGCGGGCCGUAGUUUGAUGACCCUGGUUUAAUAUGUUUGUAGGACUAAGCCGGCACGUAUUAGAAAAUUAAUGCUCGUUUUUUAUUUAUUUUUUUGUAAUAAAUAAAUCCAGAGUUACGUUGGGAGGGAAUCUUGGGUGAUUUCCCCACACUUAUUUUACCAGGACUUGUCUCCCCUGUAUAGAAAAAAAAGAUGUUGUUGCUAACAGUCAACAAUGUUCGGUAAGUUCGGUUAGCAAGAGAAAUAACAAAUAUAUAAUAGAAUACACACACUAGUGAAUUCCCUUUAAUUUAGAACGCAAAAUAUUAUAUUAUUAGUCGAAUUAUUACCAUACUUUAAAGAGUGAAUAUUAUUAUUAUUAUUACUUUUUUUUUUUUUUAAAUUUAUACGUUCCACUACUAUGCAUAAUAAAAGAAUUUCUUCAAUUUGAUCAAGAGUGGAGAUAUCUUGGCCUAUAAUAUCUAUAAUAUAUUCAUUUAUUUUUUUGGGUCAAUAUUUUCAAAUUCCUAAAUCUAAAAAUAUUAUAUUAUUAGUCGAAUUAUUAUCAUACUUUAAAGAAUGAAUAUUAUUAUUAUUAUUACUUUUUUUUUUUUUUUAAAUUUAUACGUUCCACUACUAUGCAUAAUAAAAGAAUUUCUUCAAUUUGAUCAAGAGUGGAGAUAUCUUGGCCUAUAAUAUCUAUAAUAUAUUCAUUUAUUUGUUUGGGUCAAUAUUUUCAAAUUCCUAAAUCUCUGUUGCACUGAUGCACUGAUGCACUGAACGCUACAGAGUUCAAAUUUGGAGCACAGAUUAAUCGGUCAAAAUUAGGGCAAUAAUCACAUUAUCAAAGUGGGUAAACUUCUUUAGUGAAAUGUCCCUUGGUAAGGGAGAAACAGAAAUAGCGUGGCGUAGCUCCCGCUUUAAAAGAAUACGUUUAUUAAUAAGAUUUUUGUGUAUAAAGAAUAAUUCCCAUAAAAGUCGAAACCGUGUGUUAUUUGACAAAAAAAGUAAAGAUUUGUGCAUUUAAUUUACUUGGCGUCUGAUCUGAUAUGUGAUUAAAUAGAUUCCAAACCACGUGAUUUGAUGCGUGACUAAUUAAAAUCCCAAAAAUAUACAUCUUCAUGUGAACCAAUUAUAUAAUGAUAUUCUUUAUAAACUAAGAAGGUGUAAAGAUUAUUUAAAGUUUUAGGAUAUGGAAAGAAACUUAGUAUUGGUAGAAUAUUAAAACUUAACAUUCCUAAACGUGUUAUUUUAAAAUCAUAAUCCUAAAAGGUCACUUUCAGGGUAACUUUCAAUCUAACAUUUUAAAAAUUGAUUACCUUUCUGCACAAAUCAAGUUCUCAAAUUUUCCAAUGGUGUGAUUGUUACAGUUUAAAAUUGGCUACUCAUUCAAAUAUGUGUUCGUUCCUUGUUAUUUUCAGACCAGCAGCAUGAACACAAAAGAUGAGUUUGUUUUCGGCCUAGCGCUAUGCGUUAAAAAGCUUUGGCAAGAGAAUCAAGAAACUCGUGACUUUACUGUAGUGGUGGAAGGUAGACGAUUCAGUUGUUUUCGCUUCGUGCUUGAGGCAUGUUCUGGGUUUUUCUCUGGCCUCUUCCGAUCCUGCAUGAAAGAAAAGGAAGUGAACAGCGUCACGAUAGGGGGGAUGACCAGUGCUACAUUCCAGCUCAUUCUGGAUGUUCUGUACACCAGUGCCGACGUCAUCACAGUCAAGAACGUCUUUGACAUCUGGCACGCAGCCAACCAGCUCCAGGUAGAAUUUUUGGUUAAAGAAUGUGAGAAGUUCGCCAUCAGUAUGUUAUCCAAAGAACACUAUGAAGAUAUUUAUCAGAACGCUAAAAUGUUGAGCUCUACUAAGGUGCUUGAAGCGACUCUAGAUUUUAUCAUCUACAAUUUUGAAAAUUGUAAAGACAAUGAAACGAUUCUUAAACUGGACGAUUUUGAGCUACUUGCCAUUGUUGACAGUCAUGAGCUGAAGGUCUCCACUGAAGAUUUUGUGAUAGAGACCAUUUUGAAAUGGGCGGAUUAUUAUUCCGACUUCAAGGAUGAAGAGCACGCAACGGAGGCGAAAAUCUUGGCAGAUGCAAACACGUCUUUGGGCUCCCUUGAGACUUCUGAAGACAAACAUGGUGAGUUGAUCAAUGGCAAUGAACAGAAAGCCACUGGGGAAAGUACUUCUUGUAACUAUGGUUGCUGGCAGGCUGCUACAGGGUUUAAUGACCAGGCUCAUUCUAUUAAAAACAUAUUCGUUACCAAUACUGUCGCUGAAGGGAACGAUGGUCAGCUGAUCAAUGAUGGGGAUCAGAAAACCAUAGGUCAAUAUGCACCAACUGCCCAUCUUGGAACUGGUUUAUUGGAAACAUAUGACAAAAAGGAGGAUACAGAUGACGAGAGGGUAGAUGUACAUGUAAAGUCCGUUUCAGAACUUCGGCGAGCGAGAUUACAGUUUCUAAGCAAGUUAUUUGCAGCCAGUAGAAUAUGCCUGGCGAGCACUCACUGCCUGACACGUCUGCAGAAGGUCAAACUGGUCGUUGAAGACUCCGGCAUCCGUGACAUCGUUGUGAACGCCAUCUUGCAUCAAACAGUCGGAGGAGGUCACGGACAGAUUCCGUCGACAGCCGUCCACAGACGUUGCAGUGAAUAUGUCAACGUUGCUGUCUACGUAAACAGUGCUGGGGUACAAGUGCUGAGCUUUCUAGACAACAAGUGGUACACGAUACCAAAAUUUUUUGAUCAAAGUCAAAAAUAUUACUUGACAUAUUUCAGAGAUGAAUUACUCGCCUUCAAUGUCAACUCUCAAAAUGCUAUUUCAUUAUAUGUGUUAAGAGCAACAGCUUGGAAGAAAUGGGGUGAGACUCAACAAAAAGUGAAUAUGGCUGGUUUUAGCUUUGGUUGUUCAAAACCGACUCUAUCAAUGUUUUCUGUUGUAAACCCAACACCGUUCGCAUCUUCAGUGGACUGCAAACUUUUUAUUGUCCCACAUGAAAACUAUAUUUAUUGGUUGAAACAUUCCGAUAAAAAAAUGUACAGACUAGACUUGAAAUUUUCGGCUACCACGCUGACAGAGGUCUGCUCUGUACCCAUUUCAAAUGUUAUUGAACACAUCGCAACAUUCGAGGACAAACUUCUUGUGUUUUGUGAUGAAACAAGCACUGAUUCUGUUGAGACCGUGACGCAUUGCUAUGACGUCAAUUCACGUAUUUGGACGAGACUAAAUAGCCUCGAAGGACCAGCCAAAAAUUUGAUCACAUUCAGACAUGAGGAAGUGACGUACGUCCUACAAACAACGGGAGACUUAUGGAGAAUGGUUUCAAAGGGAUUCGGACUGAUCGACUUCAAACUUGUGAAGAAGUUAUGGGACUUUCACUUCGACCUUCAUGGAGCAGUGACCUUCAAAGAUGAGCUCUAUCUUGUUGGAGACCACGCCUUGGUGAAAGAAAAGGAGACAAACUGGCCACAGCACCGGGAACUAUACAAAAAAAUUCACGUGUUUGGCCAGAAAAGUAAUUCCUCCAACUUUGAAGCAUGCGUCAUGCCAGUGGUGGCUCUCCUGAAAAGCCCACCUGGUACGACAUGGGUUAAACUGGACAUCGUUGUCCCAUUUUAAUUAGCAAAACUAAC